AUGGCCGCUAAAGUUUCUCCUGUGAGUCCACUGGCGCUAUAUAACUUGGUUUCUGCCGGUCUAUGGGGUUUUUUGCUGUUUCAGGCUGUGACUACGUACCCAAAAGUUGGGCAGCCGGCCUUUUUCUACGAAACCGAGGGUUAUUUGACAGUAAUUCAAUGCGGUGCGUUGAUUGAGAUUUUGAAUUCUGUGCUAGGAAUUGUGCGUGCUCCGCUACUGACCACUGUAGCACAGGUAGCUUCUCGACUCCUGGUCACUGUAGGAAUUUUCCAUUAUCUACCAGAGGCCUACAAUGCCCAUAACGCUAUUUUUCUGUCACUUUUGACCGCUUGGUCUGUGACCGAAAUUGUACGGUAUCUGUUCUACUUCUUCAAUUUGACAGUAGCCAGUGGUCCUCCUAAGGUUUUGGUUCUCUUGCGUUACAACCUGUUUUGGCUGCUGUAUCCUAUGGGAGUGGCCAGUGAGCUAUUGAUCAUCUACUCUGCCCUGUCCAUUGCCGAAGCCAAGUACUCCAGCAACAUCAAAUGGGCAUUGGCCGCCAGCAUGUUGAUUUACAUACCAGGCUUCCCAAUGCUGUACUCACAUAUGGUGGUUCAAAGGAAGAAAGUGAUGAAGUCAUUGCGAAACGCGGGAAAAAAGCAAGCUUAG